GUUUCCUGUACCACCGCCUUUCCCUCGGUAUAUAAGGUACCCAGCAUCUCGGUUGUGGCAUCAGUUCGAACCAAACCGAUCAGCAUGAAGUUUGUAAUUUUCGCCUCCGUUGUCGCCGUGGCCCUUGCCGCUCCACAGUACGGGUACAACGCCCCCGCUCCGGACCCCUCCACGAACUACGUCGCCCCCUCCGCCUCCACUAGGGAUGCGGUUCAGGUCAUUGAAAUUGUGCCCAUCCUCAGGGACGACCGCGUUCACGAGGAAGGAAGGUACAGCUUCGACAUUGAGACUGGCAACGGCAUCAGGGCCUCGGAGGCUGGAGCUCCUGACGGCCCUGAAGGUGCUGUCGUUGCUGCUGGAGGAUAUUCCUACACCGCCCCCGAUGGUUCUCUGAUCGAAAUCCAGUAUGUGGCCGAUGAGAACGGCUUCCAACCGCAGGGCGCCCACCUGCCCGUGGCUCCCGCGUUCCCCCACCCGAUCCCUCAGUUCGUCCUCGACCAAAUUGCAAAGGCUGCCGAGGAGGACGCUCUUGCCGCUGCCGAGAGCAGAAACGUAGAACCUUCUCAGCUUUACCAGCGCCCACAGUAAAUAGUUAUAAGCAUAUACUUGUGAACGAAAUGACCCACCUUCAUAUGUAAAUAUUUUAUUGUUGUACGAGUGACGAAUGAAUGGUAAAGCAUUUUCAUUACCAA